UAAAAACGCAGCUAGCAUAUGUAAGUAAGUUUGUACCUACCUAUUAAUUUUAUAGUGAAAGUCUAGUAUAUUAAAUGAACAUUUCUUUUUUCCAGAUGUCCUAUGAUUUUGAACAAAUUCAAAUCUGCUAAUUUGCUACUGCAAGAAAAAUUUGACAAAGUAUUUUAUUUAAUACAUGGCACUUUGAACUCAACAGACAGCUCCAUCGCUACACUCUUGAAAAAUAACAACAGAUUUCAACUCUCUAAAACUAUGCCUCCUGUCGAGUCACCUUCCAUCCAAAUCCAAGGCAAGAACUAGAUUGAAAAACAAGAAACAGUGGAAGCCAACCAUAACUAAGACUUGAGAUGCAAUAUAUUGUGUGCAUGCAAAAACACCAGGGGAUGUGGAUGUUCAGAAUUAAUAAAUAAUAAUUUGAAUCUAAUAAGUCGGCUUGUUGCGUUAAGCAAAGAAUAUUUCAACCAAAUAAAUCAUGAAUUUGUUAGAAAACUGCGUUUAUUUAGCUAUAUUUCCUUUAAUUCAAACCAAAUAAAAAAGGUAUUUAUUUCAAAAUUAAUGCUAGUUAUGUAAAAAAAAGUUAUUUCAAUUAAAU